CUCCACAACAUCCAGAAUAAUCCACCUUGGCUCCCAGCAGUGAUAAAGGACUGAUCCUAAGUACAGGAGGCAAGCACCAAUUAUUGCAGAAGAUAACGUGGUCUACACCAAAACCAAAAGGAACAAAUGGCAUCAAGACAAGCGGCCCCUAACUCUGGGAAUCUCUUGCUGGCCGUCUCUACAGAUGGUACCAUAAAAGUCGGCCUGCCACCAGCAGAUUACAGUGACAGCUUUUAUGAUAGGGCUGCGGUUUUAGGAAAACUGGAAAAGGCCAGCCAUGUUAUCUGCAGUCCAGAAGGGGAACUGUUCUGUGUCCGUGAUGGAGAUCUCUACAGGGGGCCUUUGCCAUCAAAGAUUGACCUUGACUGGUUUUCUAUUGCCAGAAGAGUUGGGAAAGGUGAAUGGAGGAAAGUUAAAAUUCUAUUCUUUCACCAAAAUGGAGAAAUGUUCUGUGUAACAAAUAACGGAGAGUUCUACAAAGGUCCACAACCGGACAAUGAAAAUGUAUCUUGGAUGUAUGGCCAAGCCACAAAGAUUGGGAUCAAUGGUUGGGAGCAGUGCGAAGCCUUAUGCUUUCAUCCAGAUGGUUCCCUGUACAUAGUGAACAAAGAAGAUAGAAUUGUGACAGGAAAACCCCCAACAACCUCACAAGAAUACUGGGAUUGGCUGAAGUCUGCUACAGUGGCUGGAGGGUGCAACUGGUUUAAAUUGACCCAUUUUAUGGCAUUUGAUUCUGAUGGUAAACUGUGGACUGUCAAUAAGAAUAAUGGAAAUUUUUACAGAGGGUACAUACCCAGUGAUGGCCGUUAUAUAGACAACGCUGAGAAAUUGGGAUACAGCUACCAUAUUUUUCGUUUCCUCUCUUUCACAAAAGACAAGACAAUCAGCAGCAUUAUACGCUUACAGUUCCUGCCUGAACAAGGGCAAAGAGAUUCUCAGAGUGCGGAAGUGAUAGCUGUCCAAAACUUUGAUAACAAACAUAGCUUGGUGCCACUGAAACACAACUUCACAUUUGAAAAAACAAUAAAGGUUUCCAGCUCCUUCUCCCAUCAACAUGGAUUUACAUUUGCAAUUGGUGGUUCUAUGAAAUUCACAGCUGGGAUACCAGGUAUUGCUCAGAAUGAGAUUGGAGUGACAAUAGAUGUGAGCACAACCCACGAGUGGAACUUCACAGACACGAAUGAGACCGAG